AGGAAUAUAAAAGGCUUGAAGAGUUGGUUACACAGUAUCAUAUUAACAGUGUCAAAAGGAUAAGUCUUCAUGAUGAGUGAUUUAGGAAUCUUAGGCUCUUGAAACAGAUUACAGAGAUAUAGUAGAUAGUGACUAUAGUUUACAUAGUAUGUUAAGCAGAUUGUAGAAAUUACAAUUUGGAGAAAGGAGAAAUGGGGACUCCUCAGGAAGGUGACAUCUCUUGAGAACUACUAGGAGUAGGAAGAACUUACUGGGUUCCUUUUUUAGUCAUGCAAACUUUGGUGAAAAUCUGUACUUUCCUGAAAUAGUUCCCCAAAGGAGAAAAGUGGAAAGUAGUAAUGGGACUAGAAAGGAGGAAGAUGAGUGUUGGAGAUACAGCUCAGUAUAGUGUGUGUGCUUAGUAUGCACAGUCCUCAGUUCAGUCCACAGCACCGUAAGGAGCAAAACAAAAAGGAAAUUUAUUCAAGUGACAUUUUAACAAAGAGUACAAAAUCGUUUGAUUCUGGAGUGAUAGGUGAAAACAAGAUUCUUCCCUUAAUAAUUAUACUUGAGAAGUCCAGAAUUGAAAGCAUAAACUUGAAACCAAAAUUCAAAUAACAUCUCAAUAGUUAUCUGAGUGAAUUCUUUGAUCUAUUUGUGUCUUGAGCUUUUAUGUAAAAUGAAAGUUAUCUUUACUACAGAAUCAAAAGAGUUCAUGUUUGAUUACCAGGCAUAGAACAAACACUAUUUCUAUUGUGUCCAGAAUAGUGUUCAGCACAAAGUAAUCAUGACAAAAGCACUUACCAUGAAACAGUUGAGUAAAUUUGUUACCAGAUUUUUCAUUGAGCAUUUGUGAUGGUCUAUAUUAUAUUUGUUUUAUGUUGUGGUUCUUUAGUUCUUUGAUCUUCCUUGAGAAGAUUUGCAAGAAGGCCCACAAAAGGAAAAUCAAAAUCCAAAAGUAUCAGUUUUAACAAGCUCUUUAUUAUGAAACAAACAUAGUCUUAGGUGUAUACAAAGAUUUAGUUGCUUACUGUAUCCAACUGACUGAAAAAGGCAUGUAUUUCAAGACAGUUAGAAUUUCAUGUGACUAUGAAACUCAAAAGUACUAGAGAGAAAAUUAGAUUUGGAACCAUUAGCAGUAGUAACCUAUAGCAUGUUGCACCUACAGCAUGUUGCAUAGAAAGGACAUAGGAAAUGACAUGAACACAAUGACUAAGCUGAGUACAUAGGUAAGCUUCAGAAAGAAAGCAAAUUUGAAGUGUAACAUGUAGUCCUAUGAAACAAGAAUCAUAAAUUCUUAGAAAUUUAAGAAAAAUCUACUUGUUAAGCUCAGAAUUUCUUUAUCUUAGUAGGACACCUCUAGAUAGAUUUGAAUGUCUUCACUUAGGGAGAAUUUUAACUUUUAAUCAUGUUUAAGUUUUAAAUUUUUAUGUCUAAAAUUUUUCUUUUCACAUAUGUUUCAAUACUUCAAAUUUUGGUUUUGGAAAACAUGAUUUGUACAUGAGUACUUUUUGUUCAGUUGAUCUUUAAUUUAAGGGGUUUGUAGACUUUUCUGUGGAAGCUUACUAACAUUCCUGACUGUUAAAAUAAUAUUUCACUGUUUUUCUUGCCCUGUAAAGUUUGUAAUAACUUUAGUACAAUUUGGGAAGAUUCACAGCGCCUAUAAAAAUCAGCUAACAUUUUUUUAAAAGAUUAGUCAUUACAUAAAAAAAGUUUAUGUGCAAAUAUUAAAUACAAGAUGACAACUUCUGAUUUCAAAAGUAAUUAUCAAUACUGAAUUUUUCAUUCAUUAAUCAUGAAAAUGUGUUCCAUUUCCUCUAUGUAGGCAAAUUCAGAUACGCUUUUUGUAAAUCUGACUUUAACUCUGGCAAGCCAGCACUCUUGUGUUAGAAUAGCAUUUUGUUCAUGGUGAGGUGGAGAAAAAAUAUCUACCCCAUCAUUUUAUCAAUUACUCCUAAAUAAAGAAUUGACUGAAAUGUAAAUUUAAACCUGCUUAGAGCUUGUCCUAAAAAAAAAAAAAAUCACUGAACAGGAGUGGUGUAUUCUCUACAUUCUAUACUAAUGGGAGAGAUUGCCAAGCAUUCCUGAAAUGUUCUCACAGAUUCUUGUUACUGUUUUAAAGCCUACUUCAUCUUAGUACUAGAGGUACCUGCUACUGAUCCAUAAUAAUUAUUCUGUGUAUGGCAGGUGCUGUGCUAAAUACAAUAUAUACCUUUACUAUAAUAUGUCCGUGAGAUUUUAUAAAUUAGGGCAUCAAAGAAGACACUAAAGUUUGUAACAGCUGAAAAUUGGAAAACUGACUUGCAAAUAUAGAACUAUUCUACUUUCCUUCAAAGUCUGUUAACUAUUGUUUUACUUAUUUAUACUAAUGAUUAAAUGUCUUUACCAUCCCUGUGAUACAUAUAGUAGUCACAAAUAUACAGGGAAAAGUGAAGAAAUUAUCAAUAGAGAUUAUUUUGUAGGAACAAAGACGGUGAAGCAAAAAAGGAAAAAGAGAUUAUAGAAAAUGUCAGGCAACAAAGAAAGAAAGAAUGAAGUUCUUAAUGAAGCCAUGUGUAAGCAAGAAACUUCUUCAUUAACUGAUACUGUAGAGCAAAUUGCAAAGCAACAACAAUCACAAACGUCAGAAAUAGAAAAAAACAAACAAGCUCUGUUCCAUUUACAGAAUGAACUUCAGGAACUUGAAAAACAAAUAGCAGCAGUCUCUGCAGAAACUAAAGAAACAGAGAGGCAAAUUUAUCAGCAAGAUGCUGUCAUUGAGAAUUCCAAACUUCAAUGUGAAAGCCUGGAAAUUCAAAUCAAGUCCUUACAUAAAGAAAAUAUAAAGCUUAAAUUUGAUAUAGAAUCAGCCCAAGAAGAUUUUUGUGAACAGAUGAAAAAAUAUAAUGCAUAUUAUGUAAAAAUAAAGACACAUAAAGAUAAUUUAGGGGAAAUAGAAAGAAAAUGGUCAUUUAUGACUGAACUUGAUGAAAAGCGAGAUCUCAUUAAAAAACUGAAGACAAUGAAAGAGGAACUUAAGCAAAACCUCCAAAAUCCAGAUGAAAUAACACAAAUUCAGGAAGAGAUUUCAAAGCUUAAGAAUGAGAUUAUAACUGUAAAAGAAUCUAUCAUUGAAAAGACUUGUUUUCUUGAAGAAGAAAAAAAGACACAUGAAAAAUUAAGAAAAGAAAUAGAGGUACAGUAUAAGAGAUAUGAUGCAAUUCUGAAGCGUUUGCAUUGUCAAGUGAAUAAGCUUCAGUCAAAUAGAAGACAAUGGCAGUGGAACAUUCGACAACUGGAAAAAACAGCAGCUGAAUUAAGAAAAUCUAUAGGAAUGAAAAAUUAACAUUGCCAUUGGGCAGUGUGAAUGGAGGCCAUGCCAACCAAAAUUAUAGGACAAAAUAUUAAGAAAAUCUUUUUUGUUUUUUAACAAGCAAUCACUGUCAAGCCACUGUAUUAAUGACAGAUAUUUUUUCUCUUAAAAAUCAGUUAUCUGUUGCUGAAAGUAUUUUUCCAAUCUUAUGAGGAAUAGUACUAAAUAAUACAAUAGCAAUCCUUACUGGGGAAUAGUGGAACAGUCUCUGAAUAUUUCAAGUGUAUAAGCUAUAUUAUAUUUGAAAUACCCAUUUAUAAUAAUGCUGUAUUCACUACCCUAUAAAAAUAUAGAAAAAAAUUGAAUUUUCAAUGAUUUAAAUGGAGAUAUUAAAAUGGUUGUCCCAAACUUUUAUAAGAGCUUCCUUUUUAUAACUACCUUUAUAGAAGUGCAUAAAUAUUAAUAUUCACAAUAAUGUUGUAUAUUUAAUGCCUUAGAUAUGUCACUGUUUUGUUUCUUAACCAGAAGGUAGCAACCAUUUUCUUGGGUUGCAAUGCAUUGUUAAUUCUGUCUAUAAGUUAUUUAUUCAUAUCCUGUGCCUAAAAUUAUCAAACAAGCAUGAAAUAUUAAACGAAGUGUUAACUUCUCUAUCAUCUAUCUAUCUAUCUAUAUAUCUAUCUAUCUAUCUAUCUAUCUUCUGUUCAGGGCCAGUAAAUCAAAUGUUAUCUUGUCCUUUUUAAAAUAAAUGUGUUUCCUAUCAUGAUUUCAUUGAGUCAAAUAUUUAGAAGCAAAAACAAAAUAUUAAUUAUUACAGGUACAGUUUUUAAACAUCCACUUGAAAGAUUAAUUUCAAAGAAACAUCAAAAAGAUAUUUCAAACCCAUUUUCUCCUUACCUUUAU